CUGCGGGGUUGAGAAUGACUCAUAAUACCGCAUGUUGAGGUUUUCCUGAAUAACGUGCAUGACGGAUUAUGGUGUAAAUGCGCACGGCUGGCUCAUAUUCAACAUUGUGCUCGGUCUCUGCACUGUGUGACUCCUGAUGAGAGGUGAACUCUGCUGGGAGGACUUCCACAACUCUCCACCUGAACCUGCAGAACCACGAUGAACAGCCCGCCGAGCCCUUCUCCUGCCCGGUGGUUCAAAGCUCUGCGAAGGACCAGGUUCGGGGAGCCCUGUUUGAGGACAUACCCUGUUGAGUGUGUGGAUCUGCUGAGGAGGGCGAGAGUCGCCUUCCAAGCUGGACGCACCCUCAAAGAGGGCUUCAGACAGACUCAGCUGGAGGCUGUGGUGCGGAUGAUGGAGGAACACGAGUGUGACUUUGUGGAUGCUCUUGGAAAGGACCUUCAUAAGCCAAGGUUUGAGGCAGUUGUGUCAGAACUGGUUCUCGUUAAGAAUGAGGCACUUCAUGCCAUCAGCAACCUGAAGAAAUGGAUGCAGCCGCAGAAUGUGGAAAGAAACCUGUGCACCACGUUGGACGAGUGUCUCAUGGUCAGUGAGCCGCUGGGGGUGGUGUUUAUCAUGGGGAACUGGUGCAGUCCUGUCCAAACGUGCCUGGUGCCACUGAUAGGGGCUAUUGCAGCAGGGAACUGUGCAAUCAUCUGCCCCUCUGAAUGCACCACUCACGCAGCAGAGCUUCUUCAUCGUCUCAUCCCCUUUUACUUGGACAAUGAAUGCUUCCAUGUGAUUCUUGCAGGCACAAACGACUUACCUGAGGUUGUGGAACUUAAAUUUGACCAUGUCUUCUUCACAGGCAGCAGGAAGGAGGGGAGCAGAAUUGCUCAGGCUGCAGCUGGCACGCUCACACCUGUCACCCUGGUUUUGGGAGGCAAGAACCCAUGUUAUGUGGACCAACACUGUGACAUGGCCACCACUGCACAACGCAUCGCCUGGGCACGUUUCCACAAUGCUGGACAGAGCUUGGCUGCUCCUGACUACAUCCUGUGCCACACAGAUGUCACAACACGGCUGGUGCAGGAGCUCAAGUCCUGCCUGAAGCAGUUCUACGGUUGUGAUCCCAGAGAGUCCAGCAGUUACGGCCGCAUGGUCAAUUUAGAGAUCUUCAACCGAAUGAGAGAUCUUCUGUGGAGAUCUGGCAAAGUGGCUGUGGGUGGGCAGGUGAUAGAAGCCGAGAAAUAUAUCGCCCCAACCAUUUUGACAGAGGUAGCAGAAUCAGAUCCCAUCAUGCAACAGGACGUUUCUGGCCCAGUUCUUCCUAUUCUGACUGUAAACGAUAUUGAUGAAGCAAUUGCCUUCAUUAAUAGGCAAGAUAAACCCCUCUGUUUGUAUGCAUAUUCCAGCAACACUAAGGUCAUCUCAAGGCUAAUGAGUGAGACCUCUAGUGGAAGCUUUUGCUCCAAUGACAGCGUCCUGCAGAGUUUGAUGGUGGCUCUGCCUUUUGGUGGAGUUGGUCCCAGUGGAAUGGGUUCUUACCACGGCCGCUACAGCUUCGAUACCUUCUCUCACAGGAAGUCAUGCCUGCUCAGAGGCACACGGUUCGAGUGUGUAACCUAUCUGCGCUAUCCGCCCUAUGAGGACCGCAAUUUGUCUCUAAUGACAUGGGCCAGUACGCUGUCCCAGAAGAGCCAGGGCUGGUGCCAGAUCCUGUGACCGUGGGAGGGAGAUAACAGAGCCUUGUUGGAAGAAAGUCAAGCGGCCCCGAAAUCCUGAACAGUCCUCGCGUGCAAAUAUAUUGUUAGUGUAUUAAAAAUAGCUGAGAAAAGUCUGACAGAGAAAGAGCCAAAUGCGGAGUGGUUUACUCAAUCUCUGGGUGAGGACAACUGCAAAACUAAAAAGAAGAGAUACUCUCCCGUAUUUAAUGUUUCUCUGCUGCAGUUUCAUAAGUGUUUUCCAACUCAACGAAAUGUAUGCGUGAUGAAACAUUACUUUGGGAAUGUUCGGAUUUAUGAGAGUGGGGUUGUAUAAGGUACUUGUCCAUAGUUGGUGUAUUACCUACAGUAGAUAGGGUCAGUAGGCCCCCAGUUUGGAGAAACAGGAGGCAGAAGUACCAGCAUGUAGGCAGGUAAUACACAGAUUAUGGACAAGUAGCUCAUACCACCCCAUUUAAAUAAAUCAAAACGAUCCCUUUUUACCA